ACGCUUCCCAUAAGGCAAUGGGCCCAUAAGGCAACGGGCCCACAAGGCUCCCUUUCAAUGAACUUUAUUUGUCAAACUGCCCUGAGGAUAUCUCGGAAGGGGCGGGGGCCGUGGCGGCCGCGGCGGCGGCGGCAGCAGCAGCAGCUGCAGCAGGAGUAGUGGCGGCCGCGCGAUUUUUGCCACUGCUGCCGGGGCGGGGGCGGCAAGAUGGCGGACGGGUUUGGCGGCAAAGAGAAAUGCAGCGACCAGAGGCUGGUCUCGCUACCCUUAUCUCGCAUUCGAGUGAUCAUGAAGAGCUCCCCAGAGGUGUCCAGCAUCAAUCAGGAGGCACUGGUGCUCACGGCCAAGGCCACGGAACUCUUUGUUCAGUAUCUAGCCACCUAUUCCUACAAACAUGGCAGUGGAAAAGAGAAGAAAGCACUUAUUUACAGUGACUUAUCAAAUACUGCAGAAGAGUCGGAAACCUUUCAAUUUCUUGCAGAUAUAUUACCAAAGAAGAUUUUAGCCAGCAAAUACCUGAAAAUGCUUAAAGAAGAGAAGGGGGAAGGAGAGGAAGAAGAAGAUGAGGAGGAGGAAGAAGAGGAGGAAGAUGAAGAUGAUGAGAGUGAGGAUGAAGAAGCUGAAUCUUAAAACAUAAAAUGCAACACCUUAUAAUUAAGCUAAAUUGUGCUGCCAACCCUGCUUACGGCUGUUAAAUUUCUUCCCCAUAAUGUUUCAAUGACUCCCAAUAGAUCAUAUUAUUUUGGGGAUAGAAUUUUAUAUCCAUUCCAUCUAUCCACUUCAGCCUGAAGAGUAAAACAAAACCCUCUAAUUUACAUUGCAUUUCAAGGUAUCACUAAGUUGUAUAUUUAUUCUAAUAUCUUCUUUGUUUUAUUUGACACUGAACUUCUACAUCCUUAAGGGAAGCAAACAUGAAAUGCUUAUCUUUUUCAUUGGCAUAGAUUUAAGUUCUAGUGAUAGUAAAUGUAAAUUAAUAUAUGUAUAUUAUGAAAUUAUUUCACUUGUGGACCAUACUCAUUUUCAGUUGAAUAUGUAGUUUAUUUUCAGUUAAAUAUAUAGUAUAUAGCAUAUAACAUUAAUUUCUGUAUAGCAGGAAAUUUUUACUGUUUGAUAAAAGAGUGCUAUAUUUUUUACUGUAAAAGAUUUUUCAAUUCUGUAUUUUUAAAAAAUUGUACAUAGUUUCCCCCCCAAUAAAAUGGUCCAUAAAUCAGAGCA